AUGGCCGGCCAUGAGAUCGCCAUAAACGCUGUGGUGGGUUUGGACAAUGGAGACAUUGUGAGUGGAAGCGGUGAUCAAAGCAUCGGCGUCUGGCGAGACGGGCAGAAGCUUCGCAGCCUUCAAGCUAAGCAGGUAGUGCGCGCGCUUUGUGCUUGCGGAGGUUCGCUGGUGGCUGCUGGUGGAAACGAUGGCAUGGUUAGGCUCUGGGACGCAGCAACAGGUCAUCCUUUAGCGGAGCGGAAGGUCGCAUCGUCCUAUGUGCUGGCUCUGGCACGGAGGAACACAGGAGAGAUUGCUGCCGGCACGUCUGAUGGCCAAGUCUUCAUCCUUGUGCACGAAGGCUCAACACUGCGGCAGAGCGCAGACCUGCAAGUGUGCGGGGAGGUUUACGGCCUUAGCUUCCUAUCCAACGGCGACUUGGCUGUGGCCUGCGGGGACUGCAGCUGUACCAUUUGGACGCGAAGCCCAGCCCGUGCUGCUCCACAGGCAGUGCGAGAGGACUUCGGAGCACGAGCAGCUGCUCUGGCGGCAACGCAAGCGAGUGUGCCUAGCACUGUCACAGGUGGCGGCAGCUAUGACUUCACAUUUCCUGUGGAGUUUGGGGCACAGAAGCUUUCACUCUCCUGGAAUCGGGGCGAGGACCCGAAGGUGGUAGCAGACAGAUUCAUCAGGGAGAGCCAGCUGGACCCGCGCCACACAGGCGAUGUAGUGGCGUUUGUCAUGCAGACAAUGCAGCAGCAGGGCUCUUCCGGUGGCACUGGCUACGCGAAGGAUUUCAACUUCCCUGUUGAAGUUGCAGACGGACGCCGCCUCACAAUCUCUUGGAACCGUGGUGAGGACCCACAGCAAGUGGCCCUGAACUUCGCAAGGCAGCACGGUGGCAUCGGCGCCGCCGAGCUUCCGGACAUUGCAAACUUCAUCCAGCAAGCAUCUGGAUCGCCAGCCCCAGCGCCAAGCUUUCAGCAAGCCCCAGCCAUAACACCAGCCAUGCAGCAGCAGAUGGUGCAGCAGAUCACAUCUAUGGGCUUCCCGGAGUCUAUGGCACAAAGUGCACUGCAGGCUGCGAACUGGGAUAUUGAGGCUGCGAUUUCCCGGCUGUUGGGUUGA